AUGUCCGGGGUAAUUAGUGCUGUGUAUCCUCCUGCACCUCAGUGGACCGUGGAGAAUAUUCCUGAUCAGAGUGGUAGGAUUGCCAUCGUUACUGGUGGUAAUUCCGGUAUUGGUUUUGAAACUGUGAAACACUUAUUGGGUAAGAAUGCCAAAGUAUAUCUAUGUACAAGAAAUUCCGACCGCGCCAAAUCUGCAAUUGACGAACUUAAGAAAAUGAACCUCCCCGGAACAGUGGAGUUUCUUCCACUCGACUUGGCGAGUCUGAAGGCUAUUAAAUCAUUUGCCGACAAUUAUCUCUCUAAAGAGAAGACACUGGAUAUGUUGUUCAACAAUGCUGGUGUAAUGAAUCCUACUGUCGGUGCUGAAACACAGGAUGGUUACGAGCUGCACGUUGGUACUAACAGCCUAGGGCAUCACUAUUUGACCGAACUUCUCUUGCCAGCCUUGCAGGCAUCCGCCCGUGCGACACCUGAUCGCCUUCCUCGUGUCUGUUUCACCUCCAGCUUGGUGCACCGUCAAGCUUCUAGCAAUGGUUUUGAUCCUGCCGAUUACACGGGCCUAAAGGAUCUGCCUUUCUAUAUGCCACCGGCCACGCGCGCUUACGGAACAAGCAAGUUUUUCAUGCCACCCUGGUGCACUUCGUACUGA